AUGAAAACUUCACAUCCAGUUUCCUUCCUCCCUUUCCUCUUUACAAGUCUACUCUUCCAACUCCAACAAAUUCCAGCUCUAGAAGACUCCUCCAGCACCACCACAACGACCUCCGUCGCGCAGCCAACUCCUGCUGCCACCACCGCAAGUAACACAGAUUUUAUCCGUACAAGUUGUGAAGCAACAUUAUACCCCGAGCUAUGUUGCAAUUCCCUCGUACCCUACGCCAAUGCCGUGCAGCAAGACCCUAGUCGACUUGCACGUAUUGCCAUCAGCGUUAGCCUAACCGAAGCCAAACUCAUUCCUGCUUAUGUAUCAAAUCUGACACACCAAGUCGAGAAUGGGACAGGAGGCAAUACCCGGGAGGUGAACGCUCUACAUGACUGCGUUACUGUUUUUAGUGAUGCAGUCGAGCAAAUACGUAGCUCGCUCAAGCAACUUGGCCGGUUGGGAAGCCCUGGCCCGACGUUCGUUUUUCAGGUGAGCAACGUUCAGACGUGGAUGAGUGCUGCUUUGAGCAACGAGGAGACAUGUACUGAAGGAUUUGGUGAUGUGCCCGACGGACCGAUAAAAAGUGACAUAUGUAAUCGAGUAGUCAAGGUGAAGGAAAUGACUAGCAAUGCUCUGGCUUUGGUUAAUAGUUAUGUUGCCCGUGAGCUGUGA